AGUGUCUCCUCCUCCCCGCCCUGCAGCGACCCGAAAGGGACAAGAGGUAAAAAAUGGCUAGAUGGAAGUGCCAGCAACAGUGUCUCCUCCUCCCCGCCCUGCAGUGACCCCGAAAGGGACAAGUGGUAGAAAAUGGCUAGAUGGAAGUGCCAGCAACAGUGUCUCCUCCUCCCCACCCUGCAGCGACCCCGAAAGGGACAAGUGGUAGAAAAUGGCUAGAUGGAAGUGACAGCAACAGUGUCUCCUCCUCAGGGGCGCCGAAAAGGGGGGGGUAAAGGAGACGGAUUAUUGGGGCCCAUGAUGGAGAGGGGCCCAGAGAGGCCCCUAAUGAUGAUGAAAUUAUAAUACAGAAAAAAUAAUGUCAACUGUGAUGCUGUUCUUCUUUCAAAAAUAAUGUAUGUAAAAUAGCAUCAAAAAAUGUUGCCGCUGUGUCGGGGGCCCUGUAAAGAUUCUUUUCAUGGGGCCCAAAAUCCCUAGCGGCGCCCCUGCUCCUCCUCCCCGCCCUGCAGCACCACCAGUGCAGCCGCCCACUCACAGCAAGGGCGCCCCCUGGUGGUGAGCCAUCGCACCGGCCAGCCUUCUCGCCUUCCUCCGACCGUGCAACCCCAAUGUUUCUUCCGGACCCGGGAGAUGUAAAGACUCUCUUUUCGACGUGUAUUUCCACUUAGGAGCCCGGAUCCCUUCCAGCUGGCUCGGAUGCUGAGAUGCCUUUGACGCGCCGCCUAUCUCCCCGUUAAACAAGCAGGCGCUAAGCUCGGAAUCAAACAACGAGCUGCUUUUGAGCCAUUUCAGGAGCGUGGACAUGUUCUGAAGGAGCGGCGGAAUGAAGGCGGCGAGAAGACCGAGGCAGACGCUGCUCCUCCCCCGGCUCUGCGUCGCUGCUGUCGGUCUGCUUGCAGCCGCCUGGCUGGUGCAUCCCGGUGAUGUCUCAGCCUCUCAUGGACCCACUGGAGAUGGUGACAUCUUCUUAUCCAAAAAGGAGGUCGCCACACAGAAAGAUAACAACCAAAGCACAGACUCAAAAUCUGCAAUCAGUGAGUUUCCUAAAGACAUCUUUAGUCUGGAGCAGAGGAGAGAGGGAGCCGUCAUCCUCCAUGUGCUCUGUGCUAUCUACAUGUUUCAUGCACUGGCCAUAGUGUGUGAUGUUUAUUUUGUGCCCUCACUGGAAAAAGUCUCAGAGAACCUGCAACUCAGCCAGGAUGUUGCUGGGGCAACCUUCAUGGCAGCUGGCAGCUCUGCCCCUGAGCUCUUCACCUCCUUGAUUGGAGUGUUUAUCACAAAAGGGGACGUGGGUGUGGGAACAAUCGUGGGAUCAGCGGUCUUUAACAUCCUGGUCAUCAUUGGCCUCUGUGGCAUCUUUGCAGUACAGCCAAUCUCUCUGAGCUGGUGGCCUCUGUUUCGCGAUGCUGUCUUCUACAUCUUUUCCAUCAUCGUGCUCAUCAUAGUGAUCUACGAUGAAAAAGUCCAGUGGUGGGAGACAAUUGUCCUGAUCUCCAUGUAUGGACUAUACAUCAUUAUCAUGAUGUUCAAUGGCUCCCUGUGCAGCCUGGUAGAGAGACACUGCAGUCCCAGAGGUCAGCCAUGUUUGAGCAGCCUGCGCCGUGCAACAGCGGUGGGGAAUGCCGGAGACUGUGACGCCGAUAUUGUGCCACUCAAGUCAGACUCUUGCGCGGUGGUCGCUCAAAACUCAGGGGUGGUGAUGGUGGAUGAGCUGCUCAACCUGCAUCCUCACCAGCUCACCUUCUCAGAGGCAAGCCUCCGCCUUCUCAUCACCUCGCAUUUCCCCCCCUACACCCGCCUGCGCAUGGCAGGACGCAUGGUCAUCAGCGAGAGACAGAGGCUGAUCCAGGCUCAGGCCGGCGCCAAAGAGGGCGGAGCAUCAGUGGACGACAGCUCCGCGGGGCCGUGGGGGAGAGAGAACGGGUCGGCGGCCGAGACAGACCCUCAGCCUUUGGAUGUGGAGAGACCAGCAGGGAAGGAGCCAGGACAGCAGCUUGGGGGCGGAACCAAAGAGGAGGAGGAGGAGGACGACGAAGAGGAGGAGGAGGAAGAGGAGGAGAAUAGUCCAUUUAAACCUUUCAUCAUACCAGAGGGCUGGUGUGUGCGUGUAAAAUGGCUGCUUUCCUGGCCAGUGAGCCUCCUGCUUCACUGCAGCGUGCCCGACUGUACUCUUCCACAGUGGCAACACUGCUACCUGCUGACCUUCCUCACCUCCACACUCUGGAUCGCCCUCUUCUCCUACCUCAUGGUCUGGAUGGUGUCCAUCAUCAGCUACACACUGGGAAUCCCCGAGGUCAUCAUGGGGAUCACCUUCCUGGCGGCCGGCACCAGUGUCCCUGACUGCAUGUCCAGCCUCAUCGUGGCCCGCCAGGGCCUGGGCGACAUGGCCGUGUCCAACUCCAUCGGCAGUAACAUCUUUGACGUGCUGCUGGGUCUGGGCUUCCCCUGGGCUCUGAGGACCCUGCUGGUCAGCUACGGCUCAGUGGUGCCAAUCAACAGCAGAGGCCUGGUUUACUCCGUCAUCCUUCUCUUGGCCUCGGUGACUCUCACUGUCCUGUGUGUGCACCUGAACCGCUGGAAGUUGGACCGCAGGCUGGGCGUCUGGCUCAUGCUGCUCUACGCCAUCUUCCUCUUUUGCUCCAUCAGCUUUGAGUGGCUGUAGAGAAGACGCACUUUGGCUUCUUUCACUACAGUCCAUUUCAUAAGAGCUCCUUUUGAUAUGAGAGGGUUUUGUACCUGCAACACAACUUUGUAGAAUACAGUCGGAACGUCCUCUUCAGUACUUGCACUUAGUCCAGGGGUCGGCAACCCGCGGCUCCUUGACCACUCUGAUGCGGCUCAGCUACAUACAUGCCGACCCCCACGAUUUUCCCAGGAGGUUUAUGGAUGUCAGUGUCUCUCAUAGAUUACUCCCAGGGAAAAAAUAAUCCUAUUUACACUCUAAUUACUAAAUAAAGGGCGUGCCCUAAUUGCACUGCAGUAAUUGUCCUCUAUAGCAUUUACAUACAGCGUGCCAGUCCAGCCACAUGUUGCAUGUUGUUAUUACUUGCACAUACAGGAGACAGCAAAGCAUAUUUACUCAUCAGCCACACAGCUUACACUGACGGUAGCCGUAUCAAACAACUUUAACAUUGUUACGUUACAAAUAUGCGCCACACUGUGAACCCACACCAAAAAAAUAAACACAUUUCUGGAGAACAUCCCACCGUAACACAACAUAAACACAACACAACCAUUACCCAGAAUCCCAUGCAGCCCUAACUCUUCCGGUCUACAUUAUACACCCCCCGCUACCACCAAAUCCCCCCACACAUCAACCCCCCCCCUCUCCGUGCGUUGGUUGAGCGGAAGAGUUAGGGCUGCAUGGGAUUCUGGGUAUUGGUACCGUCAGUGUAAGUCAUUACUUUCUUUAAUUUGUGAAACUUGCCAAAAUGGCUCUUUGAGUGGUAAAGGUUGCCGACCCCUGACUUAGUCCAUCAUGUGUUGUAAAGCAGUGGUCCCCAACCUUUUUGUAGCUGAAAAUUUUUCCCACAGACCAUUUUUAUUUAUUUUUUUUUCUUUUUUUUUCAUAAAGAAAUACAAUCAUGUGUGCUUACGGACUGUAUCCCUGCAGACUGUAUUGAUCUAUAUUGACAUACACAUACACAAUAUGUAUAUAUUGUGUUUUUUAUGUUGAUUUAAUUAAAAAAAACAAAACCCUUUUUUGAUUUAAUAAAAAAAAAAAAAAAAAAACUUUUUUGAUUUAAUUUAAAAAAAAUUUUUUUUUUUUUAUUUUUUUUUAUUUUUUUUUUUUUUAAAUUUCUUGCGCGGCCCGUUACCAAUCGGUCCGCGGCCCGGCGGUUGGGGACCACUGUCGUAAAUGACUCACGCUCGCUCAGCUGCAAGUUGUCUGCAAAGUGUUUGAUUGUUUGUGGCAGGA